AUGCGACAGAAACAAUCCUCUGCUGCCCCCAGCAGAUUUGCUAGCUGUGAUUGGUAUUACCAGGUACCUUUAAAACACAAUGAGAAGAAAGGUGAAGUUGUACUUCCUCCCACUUCCCAAAUACCCGGUUUGAGUGACCUUGCAGAACCUCAUGAUGAUUUAAUGAGUGCAGGCCGCAAAACAUGGAUCAAGGAUACAGACUCUGCAUACGUCAAACUAUCCAAGCAAGGAGGUCAAGCAGACUUGUUAAAGCAUACAACAUCUGCACCAAAGAAGACUCUACCAGUAUCCUAUGCACCACCUGAUUGGUACACCGAUGAGAAUUCAUCUCCCCCACCUGAACAAGCUGCUGCACCACUGAGAAAUGUGCCAGACUACAUGAUUCAUGAAGAACUUAACAUGGAGCAAAGUGAGCAGACAUAUGAGACAAGAAAAGGCCCAUUUGAUUUUGACCAGAAAACUGUUUGGCAGCGUGAAACUGAGGAUAACGAAAAAGAGAAUCAUCAUGACAAAAAGGUGAAGCUGCCUGCAAUAAAACAUGACAGCAAUGUGACUGCAUCUGGUAAAGGACCUCUUCCCCCAAAGACCAGGCAUGAUAAGCCUGGAAAAAAAUGUUUCUUUCCACCGAUGCCAGGGAAUAAAAAUGAUGCAGUAAAUUUCAGCAAGUUGCUUAGCAAUGGGUAUGGAGAUGAUUGGCAUCGUCAUAUGGAUGAGCAAGAGAAGAAGGCUCCACAGAAGUCCAAGGCAUUCAAGGGCUAA